AUGUUGGGGAACUACUCUAGUGCCACAGAAUUUCUUCUCGUAGGUUUCCCUGUCGCCAAAGAACUACGUCACAUCCUUUUUGCGGCCUUCCUUUUCUUGUACUCUGUGACAAUAUUAGGAAAUUUGCUCAUCAUCCUGAUAGUCUGUGCUGACAAACAUCUUCAGUCUCCCAUGCACUUCUUCCUUGGGCACCUCUCUGUCCUGGAGAUUUUGAUCACAUCCGUGGCAGUCCCUUACACGCUCCAGGGACUCCUUCUGCAGACCCAGAUAAUGUCUCUGUCCGCAUGUUGUGCACAACUGUACUUGUACCUUUCUUUGGGAAGCUCAGAGUUGGUGUUGAUGGGAGUGAUGGCAGUAGACAGGUAUGUGGCUGUCUGCAACCCUUUGAGAUACAGUGUCAUCGUGAGCAGCUAUACUUGUCCCUGGAUGGUAACUGUGUCAUGGGUGUUUGGGUUCCUCUUCCAAAUAUGGCCAGUCUAUGCCACAUUUCAGCUGACUUUUUGCAAGUCAAACGUUCUAGACCAUUUCUACUGUGACCGGGGACAAUUGUUCAAGCUCUCCUGUGAAAACACCCUUUUCACAGAGUUUAUUCUGUUCUUAAUGGCUCUUUUCAUUAUCGUUGGUUCCAUGAUCCUUACAAUUAUCUCUUACACCUAUAUCAUCUCCACCGUCCUCAAGAUCCGCUCAGCCUCUGGCCGGAGGAAAGCCUUCUCCACCUGCGCCUCCCACUUUGCCUAUGUUGUGAUUGGCUACGGCAGCUGCCUGUUCCUCUAUGUAAAACCGAAGCAGGCCCAGGCAGCCGAGUACAACAGGGUGGCGUCACUGCUGGUGUUGGUGUUGGCCCCCUUUCUGAAUCCUUUCAUCGUCACUCUUUGA